GGUAAUAAUGUGACGCACUCCUCUGCUUUCCUGUUCUUUGCCUCCCUUAAUCUUCCUCACUUUUCCACCACCUCUCUUGCUUUCUCUAUGCUUUCCUUCCUCUAUUGUUCUCUCUCUCUCUCUCUCUCUCUCUCUCUCUAGCUGCCUCUCUUCUUUUCUCACUUGCUCCUCCCUCACUCAUGGCUGUUGUGUUGCUCACCCUCUGUCCCUCCCACCCUCCCUCCACACCACAGCCUUUCAUAGCUCAGAGGUGUAGGCAGAGUGUCAGGAGACAGACGUUCAGCUCCCACCAUCAUAUACAGUGUACUUUAACUUUGGACACACUUUUGAUAAGAUGUCAACUACCACUUCCACUUCUGGCUCUCCAUGGAGUCCUCGAAUUACCUCAGAGGCUGAUCAAAUAGAUUUUCUGGAGGAGUGGAAAGCCAAACGAGAGAAACUGAGAAUGAGAUCUCUACCUGCAGUGCCUUCCACCACACAGCCAAAUGAUAGUCAAUGUUCAGGAGUCAGGGGAGAAGCAUUGAGACCUGCAAGUGCUCAACAGCAUGUCAGCCCCAAUGAGCACAGAAGUCAAGGAAGCAAUACUCCUAAAUCAGGGAAUGAUGAGCGUGGCCUGGGUAAUGUCUCUCAGUCCAGGACAGAAAGUUCUGAGAAAGCAGUAAGCCCAUCACCUUCCAGCAAGGAGAAGAGUGGGUCAUUGGGCUCCUUAUCUUACCGGAAAAACAAGACUCAAGUGGAGAAGCGUAAACUCAGGGAGAAGCGGCGAUCAACUGGUGUGGUCAAUCUAUCCCUUAGGUUUGAGAGCUCAGAUGAAGACAAGGAUGUUGUAGACAGAGAAAAGCAGCCAUCCAGUCCAGACCUUCUGAAACUACCAUCCACUGUAGAGGAUGGAACAAGGGUGAGCCUCAAUAAACAGAAAAGAUGUACAGGGAACGCCAAUCUAGAGGAUCAGUCUCCUGUAAACCGUACCCUGAACAGCAGCCAAAACAGGCUCAGUCCUGAAGGAGAAGAUGCUGGAUACAAGACAGAGUUAGAGAAGAAUCUCCAUGAACUGGAGAAGGAGAUCAUUGGAGAGAAGCGAUCAAACCAGCGACUGAAGAAGCAGCUUCAGGAAAAAGAGGACCUUGUCCAGAAACUUCAAGCUGAGAUUGGACUCAUGAACAAAGAUAUGGACAGCUUGGAGGAUGAGAACCAACAACUGCGAGAGGAGAAUAAGACACUUCUGAGAGUAGUCAAUCAGCUCACUAGCAGCUAGUUGAGAGGGCUGGUGGAGUGGCACUCUGCAUAUCCUCUUCUUAGACACACAUCACCAAGAUAUCCCUCCACAAGUAUUAAGAAAAUGGAAAAACAUUUGUGUUGUUUAAAAUAUACUAAUGUUCAUUCUCAACAGAAACCUUACUUCAUCAGGAUCAAUUCAUCUUCCAUACUUGCUUAUCCUAAGCAGCAUUGUAGGGAAGCUGCAGCCUAUCCUACCAAGCAACCAGCACAAGGCGGGAAAAAUUCCUGGACAAGGCACCAACCCAUUGCAGGGUGAACACACACAAACACACACCAUCACACACUAGGGCCAAUUUAGCAACAUAUGUCUUUGGACUGUGAGAAAAAAACAGAGCACCUGGAGGAAGCCCAUAUGGACAUGAGGGGAAAAUGCAAACUCCACACCGGGAGCACCUGGGACACAAACCCUGAUCUCCUUGUUGCAAGACCACAACACUACACGUUAGUUAUUUAAGGUAAGGAAGACAGAAUAUCUGGGGUAAAGUAAUAGUACUCACUAAUUAUGGUGCUAAGGAGUGGCAACCUGCCGCUUGUUGAUUGGCAUAUGCAAAUAAUUUCAGCAUUCUCUGUACCAGUUGCAAUACAGUAAUGACUUUAUAAACAAGUCAUUAAGAUAAACUUUAGCCUAGAAGAAAACUGACCCAAAGGCUGCCUAGAAUGGAAAGCAUCAGUAAAAUAAAACAAUUGUAAUUAUUGUCUACAGUUACAUUCCAUUAAUGCACCAGGCAUAUGUGAUGUCAAGAUGAGACUGACAAAUGUUGUGGCAUGGUGGUCAGGUUCAACACAUGAUUAAUUUAUUCUUAGGCAUUUAACAGUACUGUAUGCAGUGGCUGGCUUAUUGGUAAGGUAAUCGGCUGAGCUCUCAGUGUUUCAGCCUACUAUUUAUUGUAACAGCAAUCAUGAUGUUACACUUGCCAGGUAAAAGGGGGUACCUACUCCGAUGCUGGCGCCUUAUGCCUUUCCCUGUCUCUCUCUCUCUGUCUCUCUCUUCAGUGCCAUGCUCAGUGCAUCAUACAUGGAGAAUCGUUAUUGCACAUGUAUGAUGUUGAUUACCAAAGUCCAUAUAUGUUCAUUUCAGUGUGAUAUAUGCAAAUUUACGAGUUGAUUGUGAUUUAUAAAGUUGAUAAUGAUUUCUAAAUUUAUUAUGAAUGUAUGCAAGGUUUUAUAAAUGUGAUUUUUUGGCAUACACAUUUCCCUGAUUUUUGGUGUCUGCAUAUUUUCGUGCUGAAAUCCACAAAAGGUUUUAUAAAUGAGACCCUUGAGCUCAAUAUUUGACCCAUUCACUUUAUUGAGUUUGCAUAUUCUCAAGGCAUUUGCACGGUAUUCCUAACAACUCCUAUAAAUAUGCAUAUUAGCUCAAUUGGUAAGUUUAAAUUAGAACAUUAUGAACAUUGUGCCCAUAUUGCCAUGCCCUGAAAUUGAUUACCAUCUUGUCCAGAAAUAGUUCCUGCCUUGCAUUUACUUUUACUGGGAGAGUCACUACUUAAUUCAGAUCAUACCCUGUAUAAUGGAAAAUGCAAGUUUAAAAAAGUUUAAAAAUUGAUGUAUAGAUAGAUACAGUAGAUAAUUAAUACUGAAGUACACUGUGAACACAGGCACUUUAUUCCAUUAUGGAUAAAAAUAUUGUCCACUAGAUAAGACUGAGUUAUAGUUAUUUAAACUUAAACAGAAACUUCUGUAAUAAAUCUGUCUGUGAAUAUACAGAUAUAGAAGCAAAGUCAAUUUGUUAUGUGCAAGUUCAUAAAUGAUGAAAGAGAGAACUUUGAAAUUAUACAUCAGGAAAUCAAGCAUCUUAUGCAAGGUGCAUAGCAAUAAUCUCUGUCCAGCAAUUCAGGGGACAUUUGAAAGAAGUACAUUUUACUGGUGUAUAGUCAUCAAACACUACAUUUUUAUUCUCACUUCAGCUUUUUGUGGUUUUUAUCCUUUAGCUUAUUUUUGACUUAGGUCUUGUUUAUUUAACUGUUUACAUUUGUAUCAAGCUGUAUCAAGACCAAAUCCUGGCUGUCUCAAAAUAAUGUUAUUUAUAAAUUUUUACUCAACACAUUGGUCGGCUUUAAUUUUAAGUAUGUGCGCCUAAGUCUGGGUAACCUUUUUUUCUUAAGGUAAUGAUAAUUGCAGCUUACUGUUAAAGUCAGAAAACUAGGAACAUAGAAAUGGAUAGAGUUUUCUGAUUACAGCAUAGUUACAAAAAGAAACUGAGCAAACUAUUAUAGUGUGUCAAAGCUAUCUUGGGGAUUUACAAAAAGCACAGAUGGCUGAACUGGCUGAAGUGUUAAAAAUACAAAGUAAUGAACCAUUCUAUUCAAACCCUUAGCUGUUCUUUUACGGAAGCCUACUUAUAGCUGCUCACAAAAAAAACAUUUGAAACCUAUAUAUUGUAUGGAAUUCUAUUUUAACAAUGUUGAUUUACUUUAUGAAAAACAGAUUCCUCAAUUGCUAUUGCCUACAUUUGCUGUGUGGCAUCUCUGUCAUGAUGAGAGAUUCACAAUGAAUUCUGGUAUUGCAUAAAAAUAGUUCAAUGUGCCAAUUCCUGCAGACAAUUAAAAAAAAUACAAAGGAAUCUAAAAGAAAUUGAAUUUUCUUAUUAUUUUUUUAUUUAUCUUACAGCGCAAAUUUACAGAUGCUAGUUGUAAAUAAAAGCACAUUCUUGGUUAUUGUUAUUGUUCUUACUUUAAUGCAGGAGUCCUCAGAUUCAGAUAUGGAAUGCUGUAGGUAUUCAGAUUUAUUAAGUAGGAGCCAAUUAUUGCCGCUAAUGAAACAUACCUUUGAAACAUGAAGGCACCAAUGCUGCACUAGAUAAACUUUGCCUCAAUUACAUGUGUGCUUUUCCAAAACUAAACAUUUCUAAAAAAAUGUAAAAAAGGUGGGAAUCAAAAGAUCAAAAGCAGUAACUUUGAUGUUUGGUCCAACAGGAGCAAGAUGGAGGAUUUCUGCUUUUAAUGGAUGCAGGCGUCAUUUUCCAUGCCAUUCACACAGUAAGCUAUCAUAAAACUGUGGUCUAAGAAUAGCAUUUCACGAUGACAUUUUUAAAGUUUUAGCUCCAUAUAAUCUAGCAUCUGAAUAAAAAGUGAAAGAGAUAGAUUUAAUCCCUACCUAUGCAGAUCAUAGACUGAAAAACACCUCUAAGAGAAAAAUAUUCAUUAUCUGUUUAUGUGGAAUGCAGCACACCUCUAAAAAUGUAUAUGUAAUGCUAAUCCAUCAGUCUACUUAUCAAAAAACACUUGCAUAUCAGCUUGCCAAGGUCUCUUUCAUACAUCUCCAAAAUAAUUCAACCUAAACUAGCCAGGUGAAAAACGAGGUCAAAAUAGCAAUGUUUGCCUACUACUAGAUCUCCAGAAAUCAUUCAGGCGUCAAGGCUUUGUUAUCUAAAAUACCUACAGUCAAUGUUUUCUGACACCUACAGACCAAGUCCCUUGGCAGUAUAACCUCAUGCUCAAUGGCUUAAUUGAUCUUGUAAUGAUUUAACCUGUUAGUCCGUGAAAACCAAAAGAGAACAUCUGGAAUGCUAAUGAUUAACUAGCUUCAUCUGGCAGUUAACUGAAUGAGGCAAAUAAAGAUUCAUUAACUCAAAAUUAAUUUUUCACUUUUCUUCUGCCCACAUUUGCAUUUAAAAACUGGAGGAAGGGAAAUUGCAAACUGACAGAUACUUUUUAAGGAAGGCGAAAACAAGGACGUAACAGUUCAGUCAUGUGGCUAAACAUUUGGUUUAUCACAGCACUUUUUUUUGAGAGAUUUUUGUUUGGCUCUCUUCUCUCAUCUGAUUAACUCCAGGAAUAGCAUUGAUUACACCUCAGACUGUGGUAACUGACCUCUCCUUUUUGGUUCAUCCAAAAUUCUUCAUAACCCACACCUUUCUCCUCCAUCCGUAGGCAUGCUUAUCAUCCUCUUUACAAUAAAUACCACCUAUGAAAACAAAAAUACUCUGAAAUCAGUAUACAGACAACUCAGUGUGGAUUAAUGCCUUACAGCCUACAGCAGAUUUCUUGCAAAAGAGUGUCUUCAGCUAUAUACACUUCCAGAGCUUCCUUUCAUACUUUUAUGUUCCUGAAGCAUUCUUUGACUAUACUAUAGUUUUCUUUAGAUACCUUUAAAUUCUUCACCUGCUUGAUUCUACAUACAGUAAAUUAAGAUUUUACAAUUACUAUUAUUAAUAAAGUGUCAAAGACAUGUUUGCAUUAAUUCUUAAAAUGUCAUGAUUUGGUAUUUCUCUUAGUAGCGUUGGUUAAACUGCAUGUUAGGGAUUGACAAUGUCUACUUUCUUAUUUAUGAAAGGCUAAAAUUGUCCCAUACCUAUAAACUGGCUUUUAAAAGAUUCAAAAUUCAUUCUUUGCCUUUGUUAUGAUCUACUGUAGAAUAUGGCUGACCUAGAACACGAAGGAUAGGGGAUUCUAAACUAUUAGAUGCUUUAAGAAACCUUUAUUAGUAUUAAAAAUAUAUAUAUAUAUUCUCAAAUAUUUUUGUAUAUGUUGCAUGGUGUUUUUCUGCUGGUGAUUUAAAAUUAUUUUUUGUGUUUUUGUUGCAUGACAUUUUGUUUUACAGUACUUUUUAAAGAAUAAUGUUUUUGUAAUUAUUACAAAGUGCAUUGACCUUACAAGUGAAAAUAUUUAAGAAUAAAUGGAAUUGAACCAUGGCAUGAUUUCCCUCAUAUUGGACUGGAUAUUUAGAAUCUCCCUUAAACAUUAAAGCCAAUUAUGCCCUCCUG